UGAGCCUGUGUGCGGUUAGCCAGGGUUCAGCAGCGUGGUGCUUUCUGGAAGUUUUUUCCACUCUGCGUCGCAGACUGCCGCUUUGCCACCGGGCUCCCUGGACACCGAUGCAGUGCCAAGUUCCGUGGUGGCUUUACUCUGUGCCCGGCCGACACAACGCUGCGUGUCUACGCCAAAACCUUCGCUGUAAACGUUUGGCGCUGUGUUGACGAGACCCCGCUGGUUUGACACAUGGAUGGAUGGGGGAGGAGGCGUUUGAGGACACCCCCGUGUGGAAAGUUACAAAGUAUUCCAGCUGGAUGUGGUAUUGGCUGGUAACGUUCAAAAGAAUGACUCCUGGGGUUUUGUUUUGUUCUCGUUAUUCCUUUUUUAGUGUCUCGGAUGCGCGUGUGUGUUACAGAGUGAGGUCAUGAACCGUAAAGGCACUCUAAAAGCUGCCCUGUCAUAUUUAAGACAUGUCUUGUAUGGACAAGUGUUCUCAGCCUGAAACAGAUGGAAUUUUCCACAGUGCGACCAUCAGCUUGUUGAUGGUGACUCUCAGGAACUAGACGUGUAUGCUUUGAUUUAUCAGCUGUUUAGAAUAAAAACAAAAGGGUGAAAUGCCUCAUGAGCAUUCCUGUUUAGCAUCAUGUUUUUCAGCCAUCAUUGGAUUUUGAUUCCUCGACUUUUUGUUUUGUUUUUGUUUGAAGAAUGUUAUCACAUUUUUAAAGCCCGCUAAUAGUAAUUUCUUUAUCUAAGGAAUGCAGCAUCAGGAAAUUAAGCAACACUUUAUACCAACUAAACUUCUUCGGUGCUGAAAGUUUCCACUCGCAUGUUUUUGGGAGGCUGUGUGAGUCUGGUUUCUUAGAGAAAAUUCAAGGUUCAGAAACCACAUUAGGAGGGCAGAGGAUCAAAAGGUUAAACAGUUCUAACCCAUGACCGUGACUCUGCCGUCACACAAAGACCUCUUUCCGCUUCUUCAUGGGCGCGUUAGGUGUGGUAUUUACUCAGCCUUGGAAACUGGACUCUUCUCUUUCAUCCUGUCACACGUCAUUUCUGUUUCUUUCCUUUUAAAAUGGCAUCAAAUUAAACUGUGUACACGUGUGCGCAGCUUGUUGCCACAUAAGGAUUGUGAAAUAGUAGCGGUAAAUUCUUACUACUGCACUGACAUCAUCCAGAUGUUUGUCUGCUAAUGAUCAGUGGCAGGCUGUCGUUACAGCUGACUGGCUGGUCUCAGAGCAGUUAUAUUCUUAGUAUUUGCAACUUUCUUAUUUAUUUGUUGCCCCCAGGAAAGCUUUGCUCAUCUGCUCCACUGUGAUAGAAACGCUUCUCCAUGCCAUGACCAGCUGGCUGUUCUCUAACUGCUCCCUGACAGUCUGAUAUCCCCCCCAAAGCCAAGCGCAAGAUAAUCGCCCACCGUCGAGGACACCAAGCUACUUAGGCAGACUGAAGGCUUUGCAGUUCUAAUCACUCGUAGGCUGUUUAGCUCCGGCUUGGUGUGCUUACUGUUCUUCCUAUGUCUACCUGGCUUUUCGGCUCUUGCAUAUGCUUUCAAAGACGAGUGCUGGAUUACGUGAUCCAGAAUGCUGAGAAGAGGAUGAAUCCUCCAGGUCAUCUGAGACAUCAAAGUGUCUUUGCUGCUGUCCCUUCGCGACACUCCUCGGGUCCAACCGGGGUACCAUCUGCUUCCCCUCAUCCCCCCCUUUGUCCCUAUCCAGAUCCUUCUCCCCUUCCCUGCCCCCAGUAGUGACCAUCCCAGAGGGAAGGAAAGGCGACCCAGCCUCUGUAAAUAUGCCUGGAUGGAGGUCUCAUUGGCGUCUCGUUCUCCUGAACUCCCUGACCUGUGGCCUGGAGAUCUGUGUGGCAGCUGGGAUCACAUACGUUCCUCCACUGCUGCUGGAGGCUGGAGUAGAAGAGCAGUACAUGACCAUGGUGCUAGGCAUCGGGCCAGUGCUUGGCCUGUUGUUCAUCCCCCUGAUCGGCUCAGCCAGUGACCAGUGCAACAGCAGUUACGGCAGGAGGCGGCCUUUCAUCUGGCUGUUUUCGAUGGGAGUCCUUCUGGCGCUUUUCAUUAUUCCCCACGCUGACGUCCUGGCAGCCCACGUUGCUUGGGGUGGCCAAACGCUCCAGGUGGGCUUCCUGAUCCUUGGUGUUGGACUCCUUGACUUCUGUGGACAAGUUUGCUUCACACCGCUGGAGGCUCUUCUGUCAGACUUGUAUCGGGAUGAGGAGGACUGCAGCCAAGCCUUUGCCAUGUUCUCCUUCAUGGUGAGCUUGGGAGGCUGUGUGGGUUAUUUGCUACCUGCGCUGGACUGGAGUCACGGCCUGCUCUCUGUUUACUUGGGAGGCCAAGCAGAGUGCCUCUUUUCCCUCCUCAUCCUCAUCUUCAUCUCCAGUGUGCUAAUCACCAUGAACGUGUCCGAGGAACCCUCUUGUGCUAACAGCGGUUCGGGAGAGUCGGGAUCUCUACUGGAGCCGGGGACCGGCGUGAUGGAGGCCGGCCGGUGCGGCGUGCCACGCUCGUGCUGCUACCUGCUGAAGUGCAAGCUGAGGCUCCUCAAGUCUGGACCCCUGAUGUGCUUACUGAGGACAUGCUGGUCCAUGACGCCGGCCAUUUACAGGAGCUACUGCCACGUUCCACGGGUGAUGAGGCAGCUGUGCGUGGCUCAGCUCUGCAGCUGGAUGGCUGUCAUGUCUUUUAUGCUUUUCUACACAGACUUUGUGGGUGAAGGCCUUUACGAGGGCGUGCCCAGUGCAUUACCAGGGAGUGUGUCCAAACAAAGAUAUGAUGAAGGAAUCCGUAUGGGCAGCAUGGGCCUGUUCCUGCAGUGUGCUACCUCAACCUUUUUCUCUCUGGUUAUGAGUCGUUUGGUUCGGCAUUUGGGAUCCCGGUGGGUUUACCUGAGCAGCAUGGUGAGCUUCACAGUCUCCGCUUUGGUCAUCUGCCUGUCCAAAAGCGUUGUCUUGGUCACUGUAAUGGCAGCUCUCACUGGCUAUGCAUACGCGACGCUGCAGACCCUCCCUUACACACUCACCUGCCAUUACCACAAGGAGAUAGAGGUCUACAUGCCAAAAAGAAUAACCAAAAGCAGACAUAAAAACGGUGUAACAGCCAUGCGGGACUCUGUGUAUUUGACUCCUGUGGAAGAGGAGGGUGGACUGAACCACCAAACGGGGCCUCCUUACAGGCACGCCUUCUUCAGCCAGGACAGUUACGAGUACUACCCCGGCCCGCAAAGCCAAAACGGUUCGUCUCACAGCUCCAACGUCCCCGAGCAGGACGAAGCUGAGUCGGGCUUUGAGAAACGUGGUGUGGGCUUGGACUUUGCCAUCUUAGACAGCACCUUUCUCCUCUCUCAGGUUUUCCCCACCCUCUUCAUGGGCAUGAUUGUUCAGUUUGCUCAGUCCGUCACUGCCUAUAUCGCUUGCUCUGCCAUCUUUGGAGCCGUUGCCAUCUACCUGGCCAGUCAGAUUGUCUUUGACCAAAAGGACCUCAGAAACUGAGUGAUGGGAUCGCCAAUAAUCAACCCUUCAGGUUCCACGAGUGGUACUCAGUGCACUACUGUUCCCAGAAAGCCUUUUGCUAGUAAAAUUUUUUUGCUUUCACCGACGCUCUGCAUUAAGGUGUAUCUGUUAGCGUGUGGCGUGUGAAACUGGCUUACAGAAGAUAAAGUCAGGAGCUGUUUGCCGUGUAAUAGCAGGAAUUAUCUGCUACCAGAAGAGUCACCACCUGCUCAGGUCUGAUGAGGUACAAUGUGUACUGAAACCUAUUGAAUUCAACAGACGUGUCUCUUUAAAACUGUCACGGCAUAAUUUCUGUCCACCUUUUUCCUCAGGUACCUUCAAACAGAUUUACUGUAUAACCCGUCAACCUCGAAUACACCAACUAACUUUUCUGAUUUGUAUUUUUAAAUUAUCUUAAGCUACAGUUUUACACAGUGCAGUCUGUUUUUGUCUUUGCUCACUCGUCUUCACUGUCACUAAGGCAUUUUCCAUAAUGGUCAUCUUACUUAAUGACAUUUAAAAUUAAAUUAGGUCAGUGUGGGGGAUCGUCAGUCAUUUUAAUGCAAGAUGGCAGAACAGAUAAAUUGGUUUCUUCAGAAAUAUGCUACUUUAUUCAUUCAUUUGAGACCCUCUAGAGAUGGUCUUGCCAACUCUGUAUGAUCUCUUAUUAGACCGUCCUUUCCUGCUAAAUGUCAUCUUUCUACUUUAUAAUCGACCUUUUUUCUGUCAAAUGUGCUAUCAUCAUUACACUUGACUAGUCUCCACCAUAAGUAAACUAACUCCAUAUGUAGGUGGGGUACAUAUGGGGAUGUGGUAGUUCAUCAGUAUCAUUUUCAUCCUUUGAUGAAACUAAUUUCUCCUCCUGGGAUUGGUCAUGUCCAGGAGGACGAUGGCAUGUGGGAGUCACCGAAAGGUGAAAAUGUGACUCAUUUUCUUCAGUCACAGCAUCUCAUCCUUAUUUAACACCUAUGGGAAAUUUUGUACCAGUGGUAGACGGCAAUCUCAUGCACCGUCAGGGUGUUUCAUUCCUCCUGUAUAUUUCCAAAGAUUUGGAGAGGCAAUGCCAAGGCCUGUUCUGGCCCAAAGCCUUAUUAGGAGACCUUUUUUUCUGUCACCAGUCAGUGAGCUAUACUCCGAGUCUCCUCUUAUCCCUCCCUUCCACAUCUAGUGCCAUCUUUUAGUGCUGUUUACUGCAAAUAUUUGCAUACAUUUUUACUGUAUAAUCCCUAUGGGAAUUUGUUAUGCAACGUGCUGAAGUGAAGUUUCUGACUGUGAUGAUUUAGCAAUUAGGCUGUUCAGCUGAAUUGGAAUAUCGCAUCAAAUGUCCUUUGUGUAGAUAAUCAAGAAAAGUAAUCUAGACUAGUGGACUGCUUAUCCUGUCGAGUAAUAAUAACAUACUUUCCCCGUUGCCUAAGCCCCGUUUAAGUUUUUUUUUUUUUUUUUUUUUAAAUGACAAUCUAGGACAUCCAGAUGGGCUUGUUAUAUAAUCCCAGACGUGAUCCGUAAACAUGAAGAGUGAUGUCUUAUGGAUGCCCACAUCAUAGCAACCGUUCUGGAAAACAUCUCCCAAAAAGUUAUGCAGUGCAUGUCAACAUUUGGUUACUGAAAAUCAUGCAAGUGAGGGCAAUGAAGGCCGUGCGUGUUUGUAUGUAUAUGUAUGCAUAACAUGGAGGACAGAUUGCAGAAGUCAUGAGUAAGUGUGAGAGUAAUAGUUGGUAUGACUCAAAUGCAGUUUUUUUUUCCUUCUCUUGCUGCACUGACAGCAAGAGGAAAGAGUAGCCUGAAUAACGCUUUACAUCACAGAGCAUCAUCUUGGCCAAAUGAUGAAGAAUCCAUGUUUGUGUCAGUUACUGAGUUCUUGCUGAGAAUUUGUGUUGAGUCCUUCUUUUCUGAUCCUACACAAACUGUUCAGUAAGUACAACAGAAGGAUCCUAUUUCCUGCACGGAAGACCAGAGAAUUUGUCAUGUUGACAUUACCGCCAAGUAGAACGCUCAAGCGAUCGACUUAUCCUCCAUGUCUAGCAUUAACUGAAAUGUCAAAAAAGGUUGUUUUACAAGUGCCUGUACAUUUUCCAAACAUGUUUUGUACAUAUGUAUUUAUUUAUUAUGCUUUUAUUACAAUAUAGCAUGUAUUAAAACUAUUGGACUUUU